AUACUCUCUCUCCUAUAUAUGCUCCCUAACUUCGUUCCCCAAUUGCCCUUCCAUCUGAAUCUUUGCACAGAAGAGAGAGAGAGAGAGCUGAGCCAUUGUUAGUCUUGGCACCUAGGCCUAAAAAAUGAGUAGAACCAUUGGUCUUCUAGUAUGUCUCUCUGUUGUUGCAAUGGACAUAACAGCAGGAGUACUUGGAAUCAAAGCCGAAGCCGCUCAAGACCAGAUGAAGCAUGUGAAGCUGUGGCUAUUUGAAUGCAAAGAGCCAAGCCAUGAAGCCUUCACCUUAGGGGCAGCUGCAGCCACCCUUCUUGGCCUGGCUCAUGUUGUUGCAAACAUGCUUGGUACCUGCACCAUUUGUAGUCAACAAGGGACUCAAAAAGCAUCUCCUAGUAGGCACUGUUCACUGGCUUGCCUCCUCCUUACGUGGGCUGCAUUGGCCGUUGGAUUGGCCUUGUUGGUUAUCGGGACCAUUUCAAACCACAAGGCAAGAGCUACAUGUGGGUUCACUGACCGUCACUAUCUGUUCGUCGGAGGCAUUUUGUGCUUUGUUCAUGCUGGGUUUUCUACCGGAUAUUACCUAACUGCCACUGCUUGACUCGCCGGAUAAAUGAACCAAGACAAGGAAUUUAGGUCAUCAACGUGAUUUUCGACGUGAUUAAUGUCCUUAACAACCUCUAAAAGGUAAACAGUUUCGAUCUUUGUUGUGGGCCCGAAAAGAACUAACAAAUGGCCCAAAACUUAACCGGACUGGACGAUAGAUUAGGGAACUUAGACCGGAUCUGCUCCCCUUCCUUUUCCUGUGCUCUUUCAUUACUUAUCUUUUCCUUUCUUAAUGCUUUGUAGAGAUGUUGCAAGCGCAUUAGCUAUCCCCAUCACUUUCACGCAGAGUGAUUUGAGUUAGUUUUUGUAGCCUCUAGAAAAUUGACAAAAGUGCCCUUUAUGAAGUAAUGGCCUUGGGGUGUUAGGUCUACUAGUUAGUAAUUAAAGUCAGCUUUAUGCUUGUUUUUCUUUUA